CGAUAAGAUACCACCUCCGUCGAGUAGAUGGUGUUCAAAGGUGUAAAUGAGCCUGCGUAGAAACCCUUGAAGAUGAAGAUCAUGGCUACGGUGCCAUAAACGCCGGAGGUAUUGCCACCAUUUCCGUAUACUGAAUGUAUGUUAGAGCCCGACAACUAUACAUCAUAUCAUCGUGGGAGAGAAAACCUGCCUUUUGCGAGACCUCCAAAGAUGAAUAGUGAUACGAUCAUUCCACCAACACCGAGUAGGCCUAAUGGUUUACGCCCAAUAAUAUCGAUGAUGAAGCUACCACCCACAGCAAGGACAAGAAUCCAGCAGCUCAAGAUUGUAUUGAUCUGAAGCUUGGUCUUUGCAGAAGUGAUGCCAGCUUGAGUCAACAUCGCCCCGAGGUAGUAUCUUGAGAGGCAUAGGUCAGUAGGUGCGGCUCGGUAAGCAUGACAAGGGGAUCGAGCACCAACGAGAUGACAAAAUUGCGCAUCAUUUGUAUCAUGACGCCAAAGCUCAAGACAAGAAUCACGGCAUCAAUCGUUCAGGCAGCACACGCACAGGCAAAAGUGUUCUUUCAUCAAUCGGCCGAGGAAAAAGAGAAGGUAGCAAGGAGCAAGUCGAAGUACUUCAACGGCUGGCAUUUGCGUCGAGGUGUUGCCUCCAAGUCGAUGAAUUCCAAGGACAACAUCGAACAAUUCACCUAUUGCUAUAAUCCCAACUACGGCCCCGAAGUGUAAGACCCCCAUGCUUUGUCUGCAGAGGUGAAGGUUUCUCUCCCAGGCGAAGAAUUUCCAUGGGAGGGCACGACACAAAUUGCACCAAAUACUGGCAAGAGAACUCGAUUUGCCAGAAGAGUACUUCGACAGGCUAGUUACAAGUCCGGAAGGU